CUUUCUCCUGUGCUGUCACGUUUGACGUCCAGCUGUCCUCACUCUCCUGCCACUCAACAGACUCCGAGGCUUCUUCUAAAAAAAGAGGUAAUAAGAAGUAUGAACGGCUUUUAUUGUUUUGAGUAGCUCCAGCUGUGAUCUCGCACUGAAAACACCUCCUGAUUACGCGCGUGAGGGUGAUGGCCUAUGUCCUGUUUGACUCUGACAAAAACUAAACUUCCAACUGGUGUUUUGUUCAAAAUAAACCUACUCUGAAUGCUAAUGGAGGAGCUACCAUGCCAACAUCUUGAAACAUUCAGUGUUUGGGAUUAUCUAAGCAAAGAGGCUGCUGUGUUCUUCCACUCAUCCUGGCUGGGAGAUAUCAGCAAGCUGCUUUCAACCCUGAAAAGAUGUGACAAGUCGACCUCAAGUCAAGGUGACCAUGGCCGUACCGGCUGCUCUGAUCCCACCAACUCCUCUGGUUCCGCCGCCUCCGAUCUCUACUCCCUCCGCGACCACGUCCCCGCCGUCGACAACUUCAUCACCGUCUCCAUCCCUGGCCCCCCCAUCCGGACCCGGGCAGAACCUGUUCAGAUCAGAGCUCCUCGCCACCGGGAGCCCGGGCAUCCCGUCCGCGAAUCUCCCCCCCGGCAAACCCGUGUACUCGACCCCGUCGCCUGUUGAAAACAUACCGCAAAACAACGAGUGCAAGAUGGUCGAGCUGCGCGGUGCCAAAGUGGCCUCUUUCACCGUGGACGGCAGCGAGCUCAUCUGCCUUCCUCAGGCUUUCGACCUGUUCCUGAAGCACCUGGUCGGCGGACUGCACACGGUCUACACCAAGCUGAAGCGGCUGGAGAUCACGCCGGUGGUGUGCAAUGUGGAGCAGGUCCGCAUCCUCAGAGGGCUCGGCGCCAUCCAACCCGGGGUGAACCGCUGCAAACUCAUCUCCAGAAAAGACUUCGAGACACUCUACAACGACUGCACCAACGCGAGCUCAAGACCAGGCCGGCCCCCGAAGAGGACCCAGAGCGUGACAUCGCCGGAAAACCCCCACAUCAUGCCCCACUCGGUCCCCGGCCUCAUGUCCCCUGGCAUGAUCCCACCCACAGGCCUGACAGCGGCGGCGGCAGCAGCUGCCAACGCAGCCAUCGCCGAGGCCAUGAAGGUCAAGAAGAUCAAGCUGGAGGCGAUGAGCGGCUACCACGGCAACGCCAACCACCAUGGGGCCGACGGAGAGAACGGAGACCUUAGCUCCACCGUCGGCCUGGAACUCCCCUUCAUGAUGAUGCCACACCCCCUGAUCCCAGUCAGCCUGCCCCCUGCCUCUGUCACCAUGGCCAUGAGCCAGAUGAACCACCUCAGCACCAUCGCCAACAUGGCCGCCGCAGCACAGGGCCAGAGUCUGCCCUCCAGAAUGGUCACUUCUGUUAUAAAGAUCAAAGACCUCCUCCCAGAAAAGGUGUCGUUUCCAUGGUGUUAUAUGAAGGGGUUGCAGGAACGGGUGCCGGACAGUCCCUCCCCUGCUCCCUCCUUAGAAGACCACAGGAGGCCGGGCAGUCACCCAUCGUCCCACCGCAGCAGCAGUGUGUCCAGCUCCCCUGCCCACACAGAAAGCUCCUCAGAUAGGAUACGUACGUCUCCUUAUAACUUCACAGCACAGAGAAAUGCGAUACAUCACAACGGCCUGUCAAUGAACCAUGCCCUGCUAGGCCUGUCCCCCAACAUCCCACCUGGGCCUAAAGAGGGAGACCUGGCCCACGACAUGAGCCAUGAAGCAAAGAGGAUGCACACUGACAAAGAGGACAACUCAUUGUGCACCCCAACAGCAAGAGACAGCUACGAGAGGUUGUCAUUGGCCGGACAGGGUCUGCCACCAGGCUUCCCCUCACCAUUCCUCUUCCCAGACGGCCUGUCGUCAAUAGAGACUCUCCUCACUAACAUACAGGGCCUGCUCAAAGUAGCAAUCGACAACGCGCGGGCUCAGGAGAAACAGGUGCAGCUGGAGAAGACGGAGCUGAAGAUGGAGCUGUUCAGAGAGAGGGAGCUGAGGGAGACUCUGGAGAAGCAGCUCGCCAUGGAGCAGAAGAACAGAGCGAUCGUUCAGAAGCGUCUGAAGAAGGAGAAGAAGGCCAAGAGGAAACUCCAAGAAGCUCUGGAGUACGAAUCCAAGAGGAGAGAGCAGGCCGAGCAGACCCUGAAGCAGCCCUCGCCCUCCGACAGCAUGCGUUCACUCAACGGUCAGACACUCCACCACUCUCUGACCCCUGAGAUGGAGAGUGACCGCAGCAGUGGAAGAACAGAUGCUGAAAGGACAAUACAAGAUGGAAGACUGUUCCUGAAAACCACAGUGAUGUACUGAUAAGGCCGCGAGGAGCUGGAGGAAAUAAAAAUUUCAGAAAAAAACAAAAAAGAGAAAAAAAAGUGGGAGAAAAAAAAAACCCAUGAAGAUUCUCCAGGCUGGUGUAGUGAGGAGGAGGAGGAGGAGGAGGAGGAGGAGAAGCUGCUUGUAAGGAGUUCAGUGGAAAAAUGCUGUGUUCACCCCAAAAUGCUGGAGGAGGUGUCUGAAUGUAGAAUAAGAUUUUUUUUCUCACAGCGGUGAAUAGUUUGAUGAAGCGGGUUUGGACGGAGCGGGUUUGGGCCAACGUGAGGGAUGAAUAAAUAUAUUGAGCACAGUAAAAACGUACCCGUGGUACACCGUUGGUCAUAAAUUUCACAGCACUGAAGAUUUUUUAUACUGUAUCUCAGCCAGCGAGAAAAGCUUCGAAAAAGAAAUUCGACUGAAGUUUUUGUUUUUGUAUUUCAAAUUGAAUUUUGAGAAGCUGAAAAAAAAAAUGACACGCGGAGAGGAGAAGAAAAAGAAAAAAAAGCAAUCCUCUUGUUUGUUAAAAAGAGAAGACUGAUGUUUGAUUUUCAUGUUUUCUAAAUUAGAUGACAAUACAAUCAAGUUUCCUUUUUACCAUUUGUGUAUAUAUGAGAUCUGAUGAUAAUGAUAGGAAAAACCCUCUUUAUCGAGCCCCAGCGGAUUGAUGAGGUAUGUGUAUAUAACGUUAAGAGGUAUUGUGUAUGCAGUAGAGCUAUUAGGCAAACAAUACCACCAUUUAUAUAAACCUACAGUUUUGUUUCCUUCUAUUUCUGAGCCAUCAUUCUUUCCUAUAGCUGCCAUUUUUUUGGUGAGAAAGCAUGCAGGCAUGUAAAUGUUUGUCCUGGAAUUAUGAUAUUUAAUAAAUCCUAUAUUGUGCUGAACAAAUAUUAGGGUUGACUCUCACAAGCCCGGAUGAUUUUGAAAACAUAACUAUCCAACAUUUCACUUUCAAAAUGAAGACUUUUGCUGUCGAUAGUACUGUAAUCUUUGUAACAGAGGUAAUAUUUCUUGGAUUUUACUGUACAUUUUUUGUCAUGACACACACACGCACACACACACACACUCAAAAAACAGCACCUCUUGAUGCUUUUUUAAGAAGAAAAUAUCCAGACGUGUUCUGAUCACGUGUCAGCUUGAGAAACAAUCAGUCAUGACACAACUUUUUUGGAAACUGAAUGCCAUUUAAUCCCUGUUGAAGCGACACACAAACUUUUUCUGUUUUUCUUCCGAGUGUUUCAUGAUAUCCUGAUGAGAAGAAGAAAAAAAAAACUCAUACUAAGUUAUGAUUUUUCUGUUACUUUCCCUAAAGACUUUUGGUGCUGAAACACCUGUGUAUAUUCUCUAGACAUAAGCUGAUGUCAGUCCUUUAACUGCAAACAGUUUAGACCUUAUGUGUUACAAUCAGGAGAGGAGGAGGAGGAGGAGGAGGAAGAGGAGGAGGAGUGUCCCAUGUUCACAAUGUGUUUGUUCUUUUUGUUCUCAAUGGAGUGUCUAGGUCUGUUGUCACUGAUAACUUAUAUAGCUUCUCGAAUCAUCUCUUCAUUGUACUUCAAAUUCAAAUAAAGUUAACAUGUUGAUGAUAAAA